AUGCGUCAAAGGGUGGGUGAAGUGGAUGUGGUGGGUAGGAUGGGCGAGGAGGGCGAAGAGGGUGAGAGUGCAGUGACGAGGAACGAUGGGGGCCACGUGCAUGUUGCAGCAGCAGCAGCAACAACAGGGGCAGGAGCAGGAGAAGCAGCAGCAGCAGCAGGUGCAGGGGCAGGGACAGCUGUGGCGGAGUGCCAGUCUAUCGCUGAGUGGGUGUUGAGAUGGGGGGGGACUAGUGUGCGGAAGAGGAGGAAGAGCGCGUGUGAGGAGGCAGUGACAGUGUUGGUUGCUGAUGCUGGUGGUGAUGCGACCUUAACGACUGUGGUCGCAAUGGUUUCCACUCAUGCAUGCACAUUCGAGGGUAUGGUUCAUAUUCCUGCCCCUCCUGCUGCCCCUCCUGCUGCCCCUCCUGCUGCCCCUCCUGCUGCCCCUCCUGCUGCCCCUCCUGCUGCCCCUCCUGCUGUCCCUCCUGCCGCUGCUGCUUUAAGCGCAGCUGCAGCUGGCGACAGCAUCGCCAUUGAGGCAGUCGCGGAUGGUACAGCUGGCAUGGAAGUGGUUAGCUCGCAUGGAGGAGAUGGCUGUCUAGGCGACGAUGGUGAUGGCAUGGAGCGCAAUGGAAUUGACCUGGAGCCAGGGGGGUGUGAAGGGAGUGGGGAGGCGGAAGUGAGGGAGGCGGAAUUGAGGGAGGCGGAAUUGAGGGAGGUGGAAUUGAGGGAGGUGGAAUUGAGGGAGGUGGAAUUGAAGGAGGCGGAAUUGAGGGAGGCGGAAUUGAGGGAGGCGGAAUUGAGGGAGGCGGAAUUGAGGGAGAAAGGCCAUGCACACGCCUCCUCCCCCACCCGCCCACCUGCCAUCCCGCACUUACCCCAUCCCAUGCCACCUCCGUCCACUCCCUUGCCUGCGGCAUCAUCGCCUCUUGUGUCACCUUCGACUAGCCCCGAUUCUCUCCAUACCACAGUCCCCCUUGCCGCCUCCACUUCGCCUACUCCUCCGCACACUCCUUCUAUUUCCUCUAUUGCUCCUAUCCCUCCUGCUUCUAAUAUUUCUCCUACGGCUCCUAUAUCUCCUAAUUUUUCUAUGCCGUCCCUACUUUCCCGUCCACCACCUUCGGCUCCCCUCAUGCAACCACCAGCACCGCACGCCCACCCACCUUCACCCUUUUCAAGCCCAUCUGCACCGCUGCCUCGCCCAGCUGUGCUGCACUCGCUCUCACCGCACAGCAGCAGCAGCAGCGGCAGAGGCUCGUUGGACCUGAACCUGCCGCCGUCUGCUGCAGACAGCACUGACUCGUCAUGGCUCCAUGCUCCUAAAGGCAAGCGCAGGAACCGGAGCAAGGGGCAAGACGGCUGCAACGGCUGCAUGGGCGGGCUGUCCUCCCCUUCACCCAUGCACCACCCUCCUCCUGCUUCUCCUGCUCCUCGUGCUCCUCCUGCUCCUCCUGCUCCUCCUGCUCCUCCUGCUCCUCCUUCCCUGCAUGCAUCUCCUGCCUGUGCUGCGCUCUCUCCCGCUCCUGCUGCGUCCCCCUUCCACACAGCGGAGCAUCAUGCCAACUCUCCUCCUCCUCACAACACCCCCACUCCCCAUUUGUCCACGCCCACCCAUCACAGCUCUCCUUUCUCUCCACCCACUUUCCCUGCUACUCCUCCAUCACUCCUUCCUCGCCCCUCUGCCACUUGCUUCUCCCCCUCGACCACUCGCAUGUCUUCCUUCUCUCUCCCACCUGCUGUCAUCGGCUCCCCUUUUCGUCCUCUCAGGAUCAGUCACCUUCUCUUCCCUUCUCCCACCACCGCCCCCGCUGCAACUGCCGCCCCCACUGCCCCCACCACUGCCACUGCCACCGCUGUUUCCACCACCAACCCUUGGGCCUCUGCUGCCGCUUGCGUCACCAAAUCAGCUCUUCCAACGUGGAACAACAGAGAUGCGCAUGCAGGGGACUGCCCUGUGACUAGCUCGUGUGCUGCUGCUGCCCCUGCUGCUGGUUCUGCUGGUGCUGCGAAUGUGGGAGUAAGUAUAGGAAUUUGUGCUUUGGAUGAUGAGGGUGCGUUGGAGAAUGUGCCGCUAGCCAUACGUUGGCUGUCACAGCAGGGCAGAAAACGUGGGGGGUGCGAUGGGGAGGAGGACGAGAGUGAAGGGGAGAAGGGGAAGGAAGGCGAUGAGAUGGAGGUGGAGAGCGAGGAGGGGGAGGAGAGCAGCAGAGAAGAAGAGGUACUGGGGAAUGGCAGUGCUGGCGAGGAGGCAGAAGCAGCUAAUGGAAACGGCAAGUCGACUCAGAAGCACAGAUCACAACGGCAAGGGCGGAAGGCAGGAGAAGGAGGCGGAAGAGGAAAAGGGGAUGGAGUGGGGACGGAGGGCGAGAAGGGGAAGGACGAGAAAGGGGGGGUUCAAGGGCGUGGGGGGGACUUGGAGAACGUGGGAGGCGAUGGGAACGGGAAGGAAGGCAAAGGGAGGCUGAAGAGGAAGCGGCACCCACGGCCUAAAGUGGUGCGGGAUGGUGGGAUGGCUGGGGGAGGUGCAGGGGGGGUUGCAGGGGGGGGUGCAGGGGGGGAAAGAGGAGGAGGAGGAGGAGGAGGAGGACAAAGUGCUGGGAAGAAAAAGGGUGACGCUGGGAACGGGAGCGUGAGGAAUGGGGCUGGUGGAACGGGGGGUAAUGAAGGCUCGGGUGGGGUGGUUGGUGGGAAGAAGAAAGUUGGGAAAGGGAAGAAGGGUCAGGUAGCGGCAAGGGAAUCAGGGGAUGUAGAGAAAGGGGGCAGAGGAGGGAAUGGAGGGGAUGGGGCAGUGCGUGUUGGAGUGAAGGGGGAUGGUGCAUGCGGUGACGGAGUAGGAUAUAAGGGAGUGGCAGCAGUAGCUUCUGCUGCUGCUGCUGCUGCUGCUGCCGCCGCCGCCGCCGCUGCUGCUGCUGCCGCUGCCGCCGCCGCUGCCGCUGCCGCUGCCGCCGCCGCUGCCGCUGCCGCUGCCGCUGCCGCUGCUGCUGCCGCUGCCGCUGCCACUGCCGCUGCCGCUUCUGCUUCUGAUGCUGCCGCCGGUGCUGCUGCUACCUCUGGCGAUGCCGCAGUGGAUGGCCAUUCGCUCCUCGGGCAGAACACUGCUUGCACUGCUCACACUGCUCGCACCGCUCAUGCUCGCACUGCUUGCACAGCUUACAAAACUCGUACAAAUGGUACAGAUUGUACAGGUAGAACAUAUUGUACACAUUGUGCAGAUGGUAUACAACCUACAUCAACCCUUGCUCUUCGUCCCACACUCGCCGCCACGCGCACUCGUGCCAAUAGCUCUCCUCUCCCACCCGCACCACCCCCUGUGCUCUCUUGCACUCUCGCCUCUCCUGGUGUCCAUCAUCCUGUUGCUGCCUCUCAGGCCUCCGCCCCUCUUCACUCUUUUCCUUCCGCAAACUCAAAUGCCCUGUACCAGAUUCCUGCCGCUUCAAUCCCUACCGCUGAUCCCCCUCUUAUCCGCUGCAGCCCUCCAACAGCACACCAGCCACUCGAUUCUCCACUCCUUUCCCCAUUCCCUUCUGCUUCCGUUUCCUGUCAGUCCCCUCCAAUUGCUUCCCCUGCGGCCUCUCUACAUCCUCCACCAAGGCGAGAGCUCUUCUCCUCCUCCACAUCCACCUCUAUCCAAAAGCUUCCGUCCAAGACCACUUGGCCUUGCCCCCGCACCCUUGAAGGCCCCUCCACACCUCUUCUCUUGCCGUCACGGCUUCCUCCCGUCGCCCUUGCUCCCCAGAACGCCCCUCCCUCCCCAGCUUCGCCAUUCAUGCUUAACUCGCUUAUUCCUCCUGGCCCUGCACCAUCUCUCACCUCACCACCUCGCCCUGUCCUUUAUUCCCGCCCAGAACUGUUCACGUUAACUCCUCCUCCUCUUCUUCCUGAACCUCAUGCUCCCUCAGUGCUAACUAUCCCUCUCGCUCUCCCCCUGCCAUCACCACUGCCUGUGCUUUCACAUAGCCUUGCGCUUACCUCAACAGGUCAAUCCUUCCCCUCAAACCCACUCCUCCCUUUACACCUCCCUUCACACCUCCCUUCACAUCUCCCUGCACACCUCACCGUGGAACCUCUGCCUGCUGCAAUGGCUGCCCGUGCAGUAGCAGCAGCACAUCCCCAGCUGCAUCAACCAGCACCAGCAGCACUGGCACUGACUCACGCAGUGCAAGACUCUUCUGAGGCGCCUCAAAACUCUGCCCGUGCACGAGCAGCAGCACAUCCUCACCUGCACCAGCAACCAGCACCAGCAGCAGUGGCUCACGCAGUGCAAGACUCAUUUGAGGCGCCUCAAAACUCUUCCCGUGCACGAGCAGCAGCAAAUCCUCGGUUGCAUCAAUCCGCACCACUAGUAGUGACUCGAGCGGUGCAGAACACCCCAACAGCACCAGCGCGAGGCAGCAAGGCGAUGACAGUGCCUGACAAUCUGACAUGGGUGGGAGAGCGGUUGAGAGUGAUUGAGAGGGUGGAAGUUGGCAGAGAGGUCAGACCCUCAGUUCCUGUGACUGGUGCCGUGAUUGGUAAGGUAGGGAUGAGGGAAGGGAGGCACAUGGGCGAUGGGAUGAUGCAAUCAGGAAGCCGACUGCAGGUGGUAGGUCAGCCUACCCGGAGCAAGGCCAAGCCCGGCAAGGGCAAACCCGACAAACACACACGCCCAAGAGUGCAGUUCGACUCAGAGACAGAAGGGCAGAGGGGCGGCAAGGCGGUGCCGGUGGGCAUGCUGGAGUGGGCUGAGGCGCUGGAGGGGCCGGAGAAGGACAAGUGGAGCGAGGCGCAGCGGCAGCUAAGGGAGAACGUGGAUGUGUUCAUCCGGCGCAUGCGCUUCGUGCAAGGUGACCGGCGGUUCAGCCCAUGGGGAGGGUCCGUGCUGGACUCAAGGCCCAAUGGAGACCAAAAGGGUAUGCCAACACCAGCUCAACACACGGAUGGUCCUCAGAAGCCUGCUGCUGCUUCUUUUGAGGCGCCUCAAAAGAAGCCUGCUGCUGCUGCUUCCCAGCAGCCUGCGCCCAGCAAUCAGCCUGGAGCAGCAGCUGCCUCUGCACCUGGUGCUACAGCUGCCUCAACGCCUGGCGCUACAGCUGCCUCUGCACGUAGCGCUAUAGGGAAGGAGAGAGGGGAUGGUGGCGGGAACGCAGGAGAGACCGCAGGGAAGGAUGUGGGGUUUCUGGCUGCACUGUGCUCUGCUGUGGGGCAGCUAUCUCUGAAAGACAGAGCUCCGGCCCCUCACUCUGACCAGCGUCACAAGGUUCCCAGUCCGCUGUGCGGCGCUGAUACCAUGUUAGCAGCACAUGGGGCAGGAGCUGGGGAGCACGGGCAAACCGAAGGGGGUGAAGCAGGGAAGGAGAGAGGAGUCGGGGAAUGUGGACGGACGGAGGAAAGGGAGAGUGGAAGGGGAGAGGAGGGUAGUGGAGGGAAGCAGGUGGGCAGGGAAGGAAUGGAAUGUGUGCCGCAGUUGCAGGAUGGAAGAGAUGGCAAGGGCGACGGGGAUGGUUGCCGGCUAGGUGAACGAGGCGAUGCAGUGAAGACUGGAGCUGUGAAGAUGAAGACAUUGGUUGAAGUGCUGGCACAAGGGGAAGACUCGGUGAUUCGAGGGCAGCACGGGGUGCCGGAGAUUGUUGAGAAUCCUCCAAACGCUCCUGCAGAUGCAGAUGAAGCAGUGAAGGUGAAGCCAUUGGUUGAAGUGCUGUCACAAGGCAAAGACACAGUGAACCCAGGGCAGCAAGGCGUGCUGGAACUGGAAGAAGGUAGCAAGGGCACGUGGACUGCACUUGAAUACACCGCACGGGCAGUGCGAGAGGAGAAGGCUGGUGGAUUUAAGGUGUCUGGUGGGAAAAAGGGGGCGCUGCAGCAGCAGCAGCAGGAGCAGCGGGUGCGGGAGUGGGAGGAGAUGCGGCAGCAGGUGCUGGUGAGGAUGAGGAGGGAGGAGAGGCGGAGGGAGAGCGAGAGGAGGGAGGCGGAGGAGUAUGGGAUGCGGUUUGAGGAGGUGCCGUGUGUGCGCGUGGUGGAAGUGGUGGAGUUGGUGGGAGGGGAGGGUGUGGUGGGGGAUGAUGAGACACGCUUGGUUGUUGGAGAAGUGGAAGGCAUGGAAGGAGUGGGAGGAGUGAGAGGAGUGGAUGUGGGAGGACUGGUAGGAGUGGGAAUGGAGAUGGAUGGAGAGGGAAUUGGUGAUGUGACGAGAUUGGAAGGGGGUGAUGAGGUUAGGGCAAGACUGGAAGGUACAGAAAAAUUAAGUUCGAGUCUGCUCUCUGUUAUUUCCCCUGCUACUGGUGCCAAUGCUGCUGGUGAUGGUGAUGGUGAUUGUGGUGCUGGUGCUGGUGCUGAUGCUGAUGUCGAUGCUGCUGGUGGUGGUGAUGCUGCUGCUGCUGCUGCUGCUGCUGCUGCUGCUGCUGCUGCUGGUGCUGCUGGUGGCGACAGUGACACAAACAUGGGUGAUCGCAAGUUUACAGACCACCCACAGCAGGCACAUCACAUUGCAAGUGACAGUACCCUACUGGGAGCAGCCGUGAUUGGGCUGACUGGUGGGGCGUCAGGGGGAGGGAAGGAGGUGCAGGAGUGUGUGGACUGGCAUGCGGUGUCGCAGACAGAUGUUGUGUCGCUGGCUCGCAUCAUUGCCGAUAGAGGCAUGUCUGCCAUGCUGGCCGGAAGGAUCAAGGCUCUCCUGACUCGUCUACAGACACAGCACGGCUCGCUCAGUCUUGAGUGGCUGCAUGCAUUGCCUGUCAGACUCGCACAGUCAGUCCACCGUUUCCCCUCUGUUCCCUCACCCUCCCUCCCUCCGGCCUUCACUUGUUGCCCUUUACUCUGUGUGGACACCAACGUGGGGCGCAUCUGCGUGCGCCUGGGGUGGGUGCCCCUGGAGCCCCUGCCACACGACCUGCACCUUCACCUGCUGGAGCAGUACCCAGUUCAGGAGAGUCUACAGCGGUACCUGUGGCCACGGCUAUGCGGCAUGACACAGGAAAUGCUCUACGAGCUUCACUACCAUAUGAUCACCUUCGGAAAGGUGUACUGCACGAAGCGCAGCCCCAACUGCAUCGCGUGUCCCAUCAACGACAAGUGCCAGCACUUUAACAGCGCCCUCAAUGCAAACCGCCCUCUUCUCGCAUCAGCCCCUCAAGGCAACACCAGCCGCAGUGCUGGUGAAGCGGGAGGCACACCGGGGUCCAGGAGGGAAGCAGCAGGGGGGGUUAACCAGGGGAUGAGUGACAGUGGAACGGUGAGAGGUACUGGAGCAGUUAAUACUGGUGGUGUGUUGACCGUUGGGGGUGGAGGGGGUCCUAGGGCUGAAAGGGCAUCACCUGCUGCUGCUUCUGCUGCUGCUGCCAGAGCAGUGGCCGCAGCAGCAGUCACUGAGCAUGGUUGGGGUGCCUCAGCCAGCAGGAGUGGGAGCCACGUGGUGAGGAAGUUCAGAACAAUGACACAGCUGCUUCAUGCACAGUGCCCGCAACAGGAGCAACAGCAGCAGCAGCAGCCACAGCAGAAGCCAUGUGGUGUGUACCAUUCAGAAACCACAGUUACUGCCGGAACAGCUGGAGGGAGCCCAACAGCGUUGCUACUGAAUGCACAGGCAGCAGCUGCAGCAACACCACCACCACCACCACCGCCGCCAGCAGCAGCAAAAAAUCAUUUUCCCCUAGCUGGACCCUCAGCAAUGCAUGUCAUUCCUCCUCCGCGGAUAGCACUCACGAAGCGUGGCCCUUGCCCCCAGGUAUCACCUGCCCAGUUGGCGCCUAGCAAGGCCAUAGCAGGGGAUGUGAGUGGGUGCGGUGAGGGAAACAGGCAGGGACUCACAACAAGCAUGGUGGAGGGUCCGUGGGAGAAGAUUGUCCCAAUGGGUGGCGAGACGGAGAGGAGAGCAAGGGAGCAGGAAUAUGGAGAGAACAGCAAAGUGCUGGCUGAGAAAGAGGGAGGGGACAUAGCAGGUGUCAGGGCCAGUGGCCGGAAAUGGGCUGCAAGGGAGGGCAGUGGGGGAUGGAGUCGCACAAAGGAGUUGGAUUCGCGCGAGUGGGUGAUGUCCAGUGCGGUGCCUGUGGUGGAAGAACCAGGCAGCCCUGUUUCAAAGACGCCAGAAACAGAGAGACAGAGCUCGCCUCAAGAAACUCCUCCGUACGAGAGCACAAAGAGCCAGGCGCCUCAAGACACGCCUGUGGUGGAUGCGCCACGCGGACCAGAAGUAGGCAGGCGCGGUGCUGUGAGGGUUACGGGCAUGGGUGGAAGGGAGGUGGGAAAUGCAGGGGAUGGGGAGCGAGGCGGGAUGGUGUUUGUGGGGGACGGGAUGAGGGGAGGCGACGAGGAGGGGAGCCGUGGUGAUGGUCAUUCAGGUCAUGAUAGAGGUGGCGAUGAUGAGGCCAGCAACGGUAUGCAUGAGCGUGUGAAUGACACUGGGCGAGAAACAUCCCGCGGUGGGGAUGAGGAUGAGGAUGAGGACAGGAGCAGGGCGGUGGUGCUGAUACCAGAGGACGUGGCAGCGUGCAUGCGCCCCCCGCCUCUCAAGGCGGCUCAGCGCCUGCGCACUGUGCACUGCGUGUACGAGCUGCCGGACAAUUCACCCCUGCUGCAGUCGUUGGAGCCACGUCACCCAGAAGACCGCUGCCCAUACCUGCUUGUUCUCUGGGGGCCAGGCGAGACCCUGCCUGCCACGCCCACGCUUCCUGAGAUGUCCCGGCAGAUGGCAAAGGAGCAGCAGCAGCAGCAGCAGCAGCAGCACAGGGGAAUGGGAAUGGGAAUGGGAAUGCACGCAGCAGGACCAGGGCAGCGGGCAGAGAAGCAGCAUCAGAAGCAGCGGACGGCACAAGAGAGAAGGGGUACAGCGGCCGAGAGGCGUGGAGGGGCGUCGGGAAAGGUAGAGAAAGCGCGGGGCGACGCAGUGGGACGAAGCAGGGACAGGGAGACCAGCCCUGGGCAAGCAGAGCUCCCACAGAUCGUUAUUGAAGAGGUGACUGAGACGGAUGUACUACUAGUAGGGGAAGCAGCAUCAACAGCAGCAGAAGUAGGUGCAGUCAAGGGGAGAGGAUGGGGGGGAAGUUCUGGGAAGGGUACAGUGGAGGUGUGUGUGGAGGGAGUGGGGGGCCGUGGGGAUGUGAAUGUGAUGCUGGUGGAAGAAGUGGAGGAUGAAGAGGAGGGGGGUGUGCUGGGAGGGAGUGCAAGGGAGGGAAGUGAUGACGAGGGUGAUGGCGCAGCAGCGUGGAAGGAUAUGUCUUCUGCCUCUUCCUUUCUCCAUCUCUCUUGUGUCUUCUUCAUUCCUCCUCCACUCCACUCUCAAGCCCAUGUUUCAUUCAUCCCUCUCCCUCCUCUAUCGCUUCUUUCCCACUCCCUCUUCUCCCACAAUCUGCCUGCUUCCCUGGCCGCCCGGCCCCAUCCCGCCCGUCCGCCCACCCGCCCAUCCGCCCGGCUGCCUGUCCGCCUGCCUGUCCGCCUGCCUGUCCGCCUGCCUGUCCGCCUGCCUGUCCGCCUGCCUGUCCGCCUGCCUGUCCGCCUGCCUGUCCGCCUGCCUGUCCGCCUGCCUGUCCGCCUGCCUGUCCGCCUGCCUGUCCGCCUGCCUGUCCGCCUGCCUGUCCGCCUGCCUGUCCGCCUGCCUGUCCGCCUGCCUGUCCGCCUGCCUGUCCGCCUGCCUGUCCGCCUGCCUGUCCGCCUGCCUGUCCGCCUGCCUGUCCGCCUGCCUGUCCGCCUGCCUGUCCGCCUGCCUGUCCGCCUGCCUGUCCGCCUGCCUGUCCAUCUGCCUGCCUGCCGGCCGGCCUGUCAGCAGAUCCCAUGCCGCACUGCAAUGCGAGGAAGCUUCCCCUUGAACGGCACGUACUUCCAGAACAACGAGGUGUUUGCAGACGCCGCCACCAGCAAGCAGCCUCUUGCUGUCCCGCGCUCCCUCCUCUGGCACCUCCCUCGCCGCUUCGUGCUCUGUGGCACCUCCAUCCCCUCCAUCUUUAAAGGCCUCACAACUCUCCAGGUCCAGUCGGUCUUCUGGCGAGGUUAUGUGUGCAUAAGAGCCUUUGACCGCAUCACCCGUGCUCCCGGGCCCCUUGUACCGCACCUGCACAGCAGCCCCUCCUCUAAGCCCAAACCCAAGCCCAGCAGCAAUGGCAAUGGCAACAGCAAUGGCGUUCAGGGGCAACCAAGCAAUGCUAAUAAGACCGCCCUGCGCACCCAACCGUAA